UAAAAACAUAUAUUUAGAAAGAGUUUCUUUCAGACACAAUGAAUGUUAAAUGCGUUUUGGCGUUUAUCUUCCUGCUCGUCUUAUCCACAGCUGGAGGGAAAGCCGCUCUUAGAGACCAGAAAAACAUCACAGUUGAGUCUGGACAGAGUGUCAUGCUACCAUGUCGAGCUCCAAACAACAACAGCAGCAGCAUCAUAGUUGUAGAGUGGAGCAGAGCUGACCUGGGAGACGAAUAUGUGCUUUCAUAUCGGGAUGAGCAGUUUGAUCCAGACAACCAGCAUCCAUCUUUUAAGAACCGGGUGGAUCUGCAGGACAGACAGAUGAACGAUGGAGACGUGUCUUUGAUUCUGAACAAUGUGACGACUGCUAAUAGUGGAACAUAUGAGUGUCGUGUCUUCAUGGGAGAAACGCGCUCAUGGAUAUCCAGCAGCAUCUACCUGAGUGUCUCUGAUCCUCCAGACCAGAAAAAUAUCACAGCUGCAUCUGGACAGAACGUCAAUCUGACAUGUCGAGCUCCAAACAACAACAUCAGAGAUGUAGAGUGGAGCAGAGCAGACCUGGAGACAAAACAUGUCCUUAUGUACAGAGAUGAACAGUUUGUUCCAGAAGAGCAGCAUCCAUCUUUUAAGAACCGGGUGGAUCUGCAGGACAGACAGAUGAAGGAUGGAGACGUGUCUUUGAUUCUGAACAAUGUGACGACUGCUGAUAGUGGAACAUACGAGUGUCGUGUCUUCAUGAAAGAACCAAACCGAAGGAAGAGAGCGAAUGUGGACCCUGACCUCAUCAGCAUCAUCUACCUGACAGUUCUUCCUCCAGCUCCACCAGGAGGAACCACAGAGGAUGGAGAGAAGAAAGAUGGAGUUGCUAGAGGACAUUAUGGUGAACUGGUAGAUUUUGGUUUGUUACUUGUUGUGAUCCUUGUUGUUUUCCUUGUUGUGAUCUCUAAAAAACACAAGAAGGACCCUGCCCUUCCUCCUCCUCCUGAUGAAGAAGCAAAAAAGGAAGUGGUCUGAAACAUAGCACCAUGACAGGAGAGAGAGAGCACAUUAAAACCAGUUAAACAUGGUUAACUAUAAAAAUGACAUAUAAACGUAUAGAUAGCUCUGAAGCUCAGAGAGAAACUUCAUAACAAACUUCACUCUUCCACUAAACCUGUGCGAGCAGGUUAAAAACCUUCAGGUCUUAUUUGAUCCAGAACUCACAUUUGAAUUUUGCAUCAAAAAUAUUUAAUAACUGAUUUUCAUAUUUAUAGAAUAUUGUAGCAGUGCAACAGUCUCUCUCUCAGGUCAAUGCAGAGACACUGACUCCUGCUUUCAUCUACUGCAGGAUUGAUUACUGUAAUGUUCAUCUUUCUAGUUUAAAAAAAAAAAAAAAUUGUCGCUGCUGCAGCUGCUUCAAAACUCAGCUCCAGAGCCCAAAUUACACCAAUGUUACAGUCUCUGUAUUGACUCCCAGUCAGAGUCGUCUGUAAGGUUCAUUUACUGGUUUUUAACAGUCAGCGGUUCAGGACCUUCUCAUCUUUCUGAUUUACUUUUAUGCUACGAGCACUUCAGAGCCCUCAAGACAGGAGACCGUUGACCAUCUUUUAUUUAUCAUGCUGUUUCUUUUUAGUUUGCCAUUUUAUGGUUUUGUAUGUCUCUUUAUUGUAAUUUACUAUUCAUUUAUUUCCUUUUUUUGCACCAUUUAUUUAUUCCAUUUUUAUUAUAUUUAAUCUAUUCUUAGUAGCCUUGUAAUGUUAUUUAUUGUUUAUUUUUAAUCUCCUGUGUUUCUGUCUGAUGAGUGAGUGUCUGAUGUCUGAGUGUGGGAGUGGGGAUGGAGGGGUGAUGUGAGGGUGUAGUGAAGGUGAUGUAUGUGUAUUUUUUCUGCUUUUAAUGUGUACAGCACUUUGAGUGUCUUCUUUACUGUAUGAGAAGUGCUAUAAAUAAAGUUUUGAGUUAUAUCCUAA